ACACGUUUAUCAAAUUCGAGGAAGAUUACAGUUGUUCAACUUAAAGGAAUUAGUAUCAGUAAUGGCGACGCUUUCAAUAGGAAAACUGUCGUCACUGGUUGGCUUGUUGAUUUCAGUCAAUCUUUAUAAUUACGUUGAAGCUAAGGAACCUUUGUUUUGCUUGAGCUGUUCAUCAGUUAUCUCCCCUCGUCAUUGUCACAACAUCAGAAAAUGUGAGGAAGGACAGGUCUGCUAUACGGAAAAAUAUACAAACUAUAAUGGAGAGAUACUGUAUAAUACGGGAUGUCAUUCGCCAUCAUUUUGUAAUUUGACAAAUGUUGUCGGGAGUCCAUUAGAAGCUUCGUCGAACAACCGCAUAGAGCAAUGUGUGGAGUGUUGUCAUGGUAACGCCUGCAACAGUCACGGAUGUAAUUCCAAAGCCUACCCUUCUGUCAGAGGACCUCUUUGCUUUAGCUGUCAACAAACAGCAGAUCCUUCCCUGUGUAGAACGGUCCGAGUCUGUAACGAGGAUGAGGUAUGUCACAUCCACGAAGUCCAUGAAUUUGGUGAACGAUUCUAUUCAUCAUCGUGUCUACAGAGACAGAUAUGUGACGCCUACAGGCCAGGCAGUGCCUUUGGUAGAAAGAGAUACGUACACGCCUGCUCCUCGUGUUGUGGGACCGACUUGUGUAACUCAAACUGUAAACUUCCCGUAGACUGUUCGGAUAUCUACCAGAAUGGCCAGCAUCAGACCGGGGUCUACUCGAUCUACCCCUAUAAAGACCCGAAUAGACCCGUCCGUGUCAAGUGUGAAGGGGCUGUACUCGGCGGAGGCUGGACGGUAAUUCAGUCCAGGGCGCGGGAUAAUCCAAGGGUGGAUUUCAACACAACCUGGCAGGCUUACAAGAACGGCUUUGGGGACAUUAACGGAAACCAUUGGCUGGGAAACGAUCUGAUCCAUCUACUGACUACAAGUAACAACUAUUCUUUGUACAUACAAAUGAAGACGACAGAUGGAAACACAUAUUGGGCGGAGUAUGAUUCUUUCUCUAUAUCCAGUGGGGAUGAUGGCUACCGUCUUCAUUUGGGACACAUUUCUCGAACAUAUUCAUCCAAUGUUCCUGUUAAUUUUGGAAGCGAUGAGUUCAGGGAUCACUCGAUUGUUAACCAGACCUUCUACACGUUUGAUCACGACAAUGCCGUAAAGUGUUCUGCCCAGUGCGGUUCCGGUUGGUGGUAUCGGUCUUGUACAACCACCAAUCUGAACGCGCCUUUCAACGAAAUUCAUCGCGAUUCUGUUUGGUAUAAUGUUAUUUCCAGUGGAAAAUUUCUCCAAUUUUCGGAAAUGUUAAUAAAAAGAUAUGUGUGACUGUG